AUGUCGUCAAAUCAAUUCACGGUGGCUUCGCCGCCCACCGACGCUAUUUCCGCUUUGAAGUUCUCCCCCGACCCCAACUCGACGCGCAUCGUUGUUUCGUCAUGGGACAAGAACGUAUAUCUGUAUGACCUGCGCGAUGAGAACGGCACAGUAGGCGAGGGCAAGCUGCUGCAGAAGUUUGAGCACCGCGCACCGGUACUGGAUGUGUGCUUCGGCGACAAUGAAAACGAGAUCUACACGGCUGGAUUGGAUUGGGAUGUCCGAAAGAUUGACCUCAACACAUCCGAGCAGACCGUUCUGAGCAGUCACGAAGCUGGCGUGCGCAAUGUCGUCUACAGCCCCGAACACAAACUCAUCAUCUCCGGCUCGUGGGAUUCUACCCUCCACGUCCACCGGCCAGACGCCGGCACCAAUUCCGCCCCCGCAAUCAUCCCGCUUCCCUCGAAACCCUUCUCGAUUUCUCUCACAGCGACCAAGCUGGUUGUCGCCAUGGCAUCUCGUUCUCUACACAUUUACGAUCUCAAGGCGCUCGCUCUUCUCACAGCGCAGGCCGACAGUGAAAGCCUCGAUGGAAAUAAGGUCGAGAUUGAGCCGUGGCAACGGCGGGAGAGCAGUCUGAAGUUCAUGACACGAUGUGUUGCCUGCAUGCCCGACGAUGCUGGAUACGCCUCUUCCAGCAUUGAGGGCCGUGUGGCAGUCGAGUGGUUUGACCCUUCGCCUGAAUCCCAGGCCCGCAAAUACGCUUUCAAGUGUCACCGUCAGACAGCCGAGGACGGUGUCGACGUUGUCUAUCCGGUCAAUGCACUUGCCUUCCACCCCGUGCACGGCACUUUCGCAUCCGGUGGUGGUGACGGUGUCGUCGCGCUGUGGGAUGGAAUUGCCAAGCGUCGUAUUCGCCAGUACCAGAAGUACCCCUCCAGCGUGGCAGCUGUUGGAUUCAGUGGAAAUGGUAAGUACCUGGCUAUUGGAGUCAGCCCCGGCUUUGAGGAUGGCCAGGACGACGUACCGGAGGGAGUAGUGAAGAUCUUUGUGCGCGAGUUGGGCGAGACGGAGGCCAAGGGCAAGGGUGCUAAAUAA